CACAACUUACUAUUCGUACAGUAAAGUACAAGAAUUUAACUUGCAACCAAAUUUUAUCUUUUCAAAGUCAAAGUAAAAAUAUCAAAAUGUGCGUAGAAAUCAAGAAUAAUAACAUGAACGCUAUCAUUGAACUCGAUGUUAAGCAAACCAAGAAGGUUUCCUAUAGCAUUAAAAAAGUAUUAAAGCAACUCUUCAAACAACAUAAGACUGAAAAACUCAUCACAAAACAAAACAUUGAAAAUACUAAGAAGGAAAGCUCUAUGGAAUCUCUUGAGUCUAUCCAGAAUUCACAAAAUGCUGAUAUUGAAAGUGGAUGCGUUUCUCUGGAAUCAUAUCAAAAUGAUGUCAAUGAACGCUUAUCGGCUUGCACUGAACCUGUCUCUUAUGAAAUGGAAGAUUAUGAAUACGGUGACAUUACAACUGUGCCAGUACACUUUGCACGUACCGCACAUGGUACUUUCUUCUGGACUGCUGCAUCCGAUCUGCCUGUUGAUAAUGAUUUAAUUGAGCCGUUAUAUUGCUGCACCGCAAAUCAAAUUGCUGUACCACAAAUGCAGGAUCGUUGGGCACAAGCCUAAGCUUGCUGUCACCGACGAUGAUGAUUGAAAACUGUAAUAAUUUGUCUUCCAGUAGCAGUAGGCAACUUCAAGAUGUUUUGAAGUCUUCCAUAGCUGUGCCAGAACACAAAAUGUCUUCCAUUGCUUCUGUUGGUUUUUUCAACAAACAAAAACUGAUAUGAGGCAUAUUAACAAUUUAUGUGAUA